AUGGCCUGCAUCGUGGACUUAGUCGCCGCGUCUGGCGAGGACGUGCGGCCAGAACAUCUCCAGUACCCCUUAGGGGUGGCCUCCCGCCUCACGGGGCAUUACCCGCCGCCUGCCAGAGACAGGGUGUAUCACCUCAUCAGCCCGGUCAUUGAGAACAUCUUAAUAACAAGCCGUACCGAGCUCACUCGCAUCAAGCACAUGCUAGGAGACCUGGCGACCAACGCCGCGGAUCGCCUGCUCUGCGAGAGCUACGCCACCACGGCGGGGUGGUACGGCUUUCGCUUCGUUGCGGCGGUGGCCAGCAGGCAAGAUGCGCGGCUUAGUGUGUGGCACGGCUCCAAGAUCGUGUCCGUAUUCCAGACGAAGGAGUCGCGGGAGAAGACGGUUUCAACGAGACGGGGCCUUUUGUUUACAUGUAGCGUGACGAUGUGA